AUGUCGUCAAUCAAAGUCUUUCUAACUGGUGCUACUGGAUACAUUGGCGGUGAAGUUUUGUACACCGUCACCAAUGCUCAUCCGGACUGGGAGAUCACAACUUUGGUUCGAACCAAAAAAAAGGCCGACCUAGUGUCUAGCAGAUAUCCCAAUAUUCACAUUGUUCAGGGAGACCUAGACUCAGUGGAGCUGAUUGAAGAACAGGUCAAGGAAGCCGACAUUGUGUUCAACUGUGCCAACUGCGACCAUGUCGCUUCGGCUGAAGCGAUUGCUCGAGGUGCUCGGCACCACACUGCAGAGCAUCCACUGUGGCUGAUUCAUACCUCAGGUACAGGCAUCCUCACUAUUGAGGACAAACGUGCUAACACAAUGGGCAUUGAACGCCCUAAAGAAUACAAUGAUUGGGAGGGAAUCAGUGAAAUGAUCAACUUCCCUGCUGACGGAAUUCACCGAGAGGUCGACAAGAUUAUCCUUGACAUGGGAACGCAGAGCCCCAAAAGAGUACACACCGCGAUCGUCUGCCCUCCCGCCAUUUCAGGGCCUGGUCGAGGACCUGUCAAGACCAAGAGUAGCCAGGCGUACCGACUCAGUGCCGCCGUCCUGACGCGAGGCUCAGGAAUCUUGAUCGGUAAAGGCGAGAACGUUUGGCACCAGGUCCACGUCCAAGACUUGAGUAAUCUGUUCUUGGCGCUUGGUGAUGCUGCUGCUGAAUGCGGAGGCAACGCAACCUGGAACGAAGAGGGCUAUUAUUUCGCUGAAGAUGGCUCCUUUGUUUGGGGGGACAUCCAGCGCGAGAUUGCAAAGCAAGCACAUUUGCAGGGAUUGAUCAACUCACCCGACGUGCACGAGUUAAACGCUGAAGAGGUCAACAAGAUUUCCCCAACCGGUCACUACGCAUGGGGUUCCAAUUCACGUGGACACGCUCUUCGUGCACGCAAGCUCCUAGGCUGGGAGCCUAAAAUGCCUAAGUUGAUUGACAUGAUCCCGGACAUUGUGGCACUGGAGGCCAAAGAUCUUGGCCUUCGGUGA